AUUGGACAGCAGCGUGCACUGGGAAGGCGCGUGGAUACCUUUUACGCGCGGCGGUGUAAGUGCAUGAUUCGAGGAGAGGUUGAUGCGGAAAGAGGGCGGUCAAAGUGUGACGGCUAGCAGCGCGGGCUCCGGCAGCGAUCACUGUCACAGACACGUGUAAUGUGUUUAGGCACAUGCUUGGAAAGACCUCCGCGCAGCACUUGAUGCCAGUUUUGGUGAUGCCAUGCCCCGGAACCACAGCGGAGACGAAGGCGGCGGCACCGGGCUCUGGAUGAGGACAUCGCCGGUGCACCGCACUGAAGACUACGGCUUGAAGGAUGUGGAGUCCGGGCACAGGAUGAUGAACAACGCGGGAGAAGGCUUGCUUUCGGCAGGUGCCGCCGGGACGGAGAGCCUGCGGGGGAAGCAGGGCGCGCGGCUCAGCCUGCUGGGGAAGCCGCUCAUCUACAGCGCGCAGAGCGGCCGCAGGAACGUGCGCUACCGGCGGCUCCAAAACUACCUGUACAACGUGCUGGAGAGACCGCGAGCCUGGGCGUUCAUCUACCACGCAUUUGUGUUUGUGCUGGUGUUCAGCUGCCUGGUCCUCUCUGUGUUCUCCACCAUCCCGGCUCAUCAGGACUUCUCCUCCUACUGCCUCCUCAUUCUGGAGUUUGUGAUGAUCGUGGUGUUUGGGUUGGAGUACAUUGUGCGUAUCUGGUCGGCAGGAUGCUGCUGUCGCUACAGAGGGUGGCAGGGACGCCUCCGCUUCGCCAGGAAGCCUUUCUGCGUCAUAGACAUCAUCGUGCUGAUCGCCUCGGUGGCCGUGGUCUCGGCAGGAAGUCAGGGCAACAUCUUCGCCACCUCGGUGCUGCGGAGCCUGCGCUUCCUGCAGAUCCUCCGCAUGGUGAGGAUGGACCGGAGGGGGGGCACCUGGAAGCUGCUGGGCUCCGUGGUGUACGCACACAGCAAGGAACUGGUGACCGCCUGGUACAUCGGCUUCUUGGUUCUCAUCUUCUCUUCGUUCCUCGUCUACCUCGUGGAGAACAAGUUCAACAAAGACUUUGCUACCUAUGCCGAUGCGCUGUGGUGGGGCACGAUCACCCUGACCACCAUUGGUUAUGGGGACAAGACUCCAAAGACGUGGACAGGACGGAUGCUGUCUGCUGGGUUCGCCCUCCUGGGCAUCUCCUUCUUUGCACUGCCAGCUGGUAUUCUGGGCUCAGGCUUUGCCCUGAAGGUCCAGGAGCAGCACAGACAGAAGCACUUUGAGAAGAGAAGAAACCCCGCCGCCUACCUCAUCCAGUGUGUUUGGCGUAGUUAUUCGGCUGAUGAGAACUCGGUUUCCAUUGCUACGUGGAAGCCUCACUUGAAGGCGUUGCACACCUGCAGCCCUACGAAGAAGGAGCAGGGAGAGUCCAACACAAGUCAGAAGUUGAGCUUCAAGGAGCGGGUGAGGCUGGCCAGCCCCCGAGGUCAGAGUAUCAAGAACAGGCAGACAGCCUCAGUGAACGACCGGCGCUCUCCGGGGGCCGACGCCGGGGCGGAGGGCUCGAGCCCCGCCAAGGUGCAGAAGAGCUGGAGCUUCAACGACCGCACGCGCUUCAGACCCUCGCUGCGCCUGAAGAGCCAGUCCCGCUCCACCACUGACGCAGACUCCAGCAUGGCGGGGGAGGAGGGCUACGAUGAGAGGGGCUGUCACUGUGAGAUCUCAGUGGAGGACCUGCUGCCCCCCGUCAAGGCCGUCAUCAGAGCUGUCAGGAUAAUGAAGUUCCAUGUCGCCAAGAAGAAGUUUAAGGAGACGCUGCGGCCGUACGAUGUGAAGGAUGUGAUCGAGCAGUACUCUGCCGGGCACCUGGACAUGCUGUGUCGCAUCAAGAGCUUGCAGACCAGGCUUGACAUGAUAGUAGGCCCCCAGCCCCUGAGCAGCCGAGCCAAGGCCUUUUCCACCCCCUCCCUGCCCGUCUAUUACAGCCAGGGCAGGAAGAACUCCACCCAGGGAGUGGAUCAGAUCCUGGGGAAGGGUCAGAUCCCUCUGGAUAAGAAGAUUCGGGAGAAGCUGCUGUCUGAUGGAGAUAUUCUGGAGGACAUGAGCAUGCUGGGUCGAGUCUGUAAAGUGGAGCGGCAGGUGACAUCGAUUGAGUCGAAGCUGGACUCCCUGCUGGACAUUUACCGGCAGGUUCUGCGUAAAGGCUCGUCCUCCGCCCUCACGCUCUCCUCCCUGCCGCUGUUCGAGCUGGAACAGACCUCUGACUACCACUCCUCUGUCUUCAGCAAGGACCUCUCCAGCUCCCCCCAGGUCAGCGGAGCCCCUCCCUCCGUCCGCUCCUCCACCACCUCCCACCUCUCCCAGGGAGGACUCCACCUCAUCCUGGCCCCGCCCAACGAGCUCAGCCUCAACGCCUCCUCCUCCUCCACCGGCCCGGCCUCCUCCUCCUUCAGCCCGUCUCCACUGCCCCAUCCCCACUAUCACCGCCAUCGCCACCCUCAUUACCCCCGGCACCAUCCCACCCAGGUCACUACGCCCGAGAGUGGCACUGACGAGGCUGUGGGGAGCUCUCCACCCAUCCUCACCCCAAAUAGUGUCAGCAGUGGAAUUGGAGACGGAGGGUUUCCUCUUCUUGCUAGGCUUCCACCGCCUCCUCCCAGCCGGAGUGGGGGCCCGAGCCACCUGCCACGAGCCCCUUCCACAGAAGUGUCCCCUGACAUUGAGGACUUUUGUGGAGGUUUAGGGAUGCAGAUAGAGGAUAGCGGUGGUAGGGAGAGCCCCGGGGGGCGGCUGGGCAGAUUGGGGCAGAAGCUACAGGGCAGCAACGGGCGGUUGGAUCUGAAGGAGGAGGGGUCCUGGAGGAGGCACAUGAGCCUGGAGCUGCAGCCCCUGGCCCCCCCGGCCCCCGGCUGCCGCUCCGGGCCCAGCCAGGUGACCCCAGGCCUGGGAAAGUCCCUGUCUGUUCAGGACCUGAUGCAGGCGGCCCCAGGAACCCUCCAGGACCCCCUACUCAGCCACAGCCUCUCGUCUCCAAGCCCCAGUACGAGCAGUGACUCUCCCAUCGGCUUCAACAUCCAAGACCCCGGGGGAAGGGGGGGUAUAAGCAGGAGUGGUGGAGGAGGAUGGGGGGAAGAGGACCUCUUCAUCAGCGACAGGGACCUGGAUGUCCAGGGAUUUGACUUCCUGUCACUGGGGACCAAUGAGGCCCAAACCUACUCAUCGGAGCUCCUGAGGACAGACAGCAGAGGGGGGGCCGGACCCCGGGGCCCGGCCAGCGCUCACACCUCCCCUCCCUCUGCUGCCAACACCGAAUUGCAAAACACGCCACAUGUGCGGCUAAAAUAAACUUGCCUCCAUGCUCAGAAGGCACACAAAUGUCACCUCAC